AUGACAGUGGGCGAGCUCUCACUCCUCUUCUUCUCCAAGUUCCUCCCACCUGACCCCCACCUACUUAAACCCUUCAAUGCUAAACCCUCUCUUUCCCCUGUUCAGGCCAUCCCUCUGCGCCACGGCAUGACAGUGGGAGAGCUCGCCCUCCUCUUCUCCUCCGAGUUCCUCCCAGCUGAUCCCCAACCAACUCGCCCAGCUUGCCAAGUCUCACCUCUCUGCCUCUCCCUCCCCCAUCUGUUCCUCUCUCAGGCCAUCCCUCUCCACCACGGCAUGACGGUCGGGGAGCUCGCCCUCCUCUUCUCCUCCGAGUUCCUCCCACCUGACCCCCACCUCGCCAAGCUCAGUGGCGGCGACAGUCUUGAAGUGGUGCACAUGGAAGGCUGGACUCGCUCCUCCUCCCCCUUCUUCCCUUUCUUUCCCUACCCACAACCUCUCCUCUCUCCCUCAUCACUCCCCUCUCAUUCCCCUGCACCUGUCUCAGCCCCUCCUCCUUCCCCCUCCCCUUCACAUUCUACCGAACCAGUACCAGCUCCCAGCCAGCAGCAUAAUGUCUCUCUAGAAGCACCACCAUCGGCAUCUAUAAGCCCACCCGCUACAGUGGCAGCAUUAUUGUCAUCUGCUACAGUGGCAGGUGCUACAGCUGCAAGUGCCACAGUGCCCACAGCGCUACAGCCGCUGCUGUGGGUCCCACCGUCGCCCAACAUGCCCACGCCCACCACUGCGCUCGUAUAUGCCGGGACUUGCCUCAUCGAGGGAACCAACUUGAGUGAAGGCCGCGGAACAACCCUACCCUUCCAGCUGAUCGGAGCGCCGUUUAUGGACCAUCGAUUCGCCCAGGCAGUGCGAGAUCAACGGUGCCCGGGGUGUGCAAUCAGGGAGGCCUAUUUUUCUCCUGUUGCUGGCAAAUACUCUGGGAAGCAAGUGUGUGGGAUCGAGAUUCACGUCACAGACCCUGCUUCCUUCGAACCUCUCCACCUCGCUCUCAUCCUUCUCAUCACAGCUCGCUCCAUCUACCCCUCCCACUUCCACUGGCGCAACGACAGCCCCACCAACUCUCCCAACGGGCCCUUCUGGAUCGACAAGCUUGCUGGUAGCGACAGUCUGAGAAACGGUAUAGAUUCUGGUAGGAGUGUAGACGAGAUUAAAGCCGGGUGGCAACCGCAGCUCAUGUGGUUUUCAACCAUUCGUGCACAGUACUUGCUGUACUCUUAA